UCCUCUUCCUCCUCCUCCCCGGGCUGCGUGUCUGUCCGCCGGCGCUGCACCAUCCUUAUCAAUAACAUGGAAAUACAAGGCUGUCGUUCUUCCAUAUAGACGGGAAGUCUCACCUCACAGAGUCAAGACGGGGGGCACAAUGAGUGAAGAGCCACCGGUCACCCCCAGCUGGCUGACCCCUGACCCCACAGCAUGGGCCAGCGGAGGCGGGGGACCGAUGGACAACAGCACCGGCCUGGGGACGUUUCCAACGGACUCCCUCCAGCCCAGCCAGCUGCCCCUGCUGGUUAACCCCUGGGACAUUGUGCUGUGCUCAUCAGGGACUCUGAUCGCCUGUGAGAACGCCCUGGUGGUGCUGGUGAUCUGGCAGAACCCGGCGCUCAGAGCUCCCAUGUUCCUGCUGAUUGGCAGCCUGGCACUGGCCGACCUCCUGGCCGGCCUGGGCUUGGUGCUUCACUUCACCUGUGCCUACUUGCUCCACUCCGACUCGGCCCAGUUGCUGACUGUGGGCCUGGUGGUGGCCUCCUUCUCCGCCUCAGUCUUCAGCCUGCUGGCCAUCACUAUUGACCGCUACCUGUCGCUGUACUAUGCCCUCACCUACAACUCGGAGCGGACAGCGGCCUUCACCUACACCAUGCUGGUGCUGCUGUGGGGCCUUUCCCUGUGUCUGGGCCUGCUGCCAGUCACAGGGGUCAACUGCCUGGCAGAGGAGGCCACAUGCAGCGUGGUGCGCCCACUCACAAAGAACAACAUCGCUGUGCUGUCCGUCUCCUUCCUGCUGCUCUUCGGCCUCAUGCUGCAACUCUACGUUCAGAUCUGCAAGAUAGUGAUGCGCCACGCUCACCAGAUCGCCCUCCAGCACCACUUCCUGGCUGCCACACCCCACUACGUCACAACACGGAAGGGCGUGUCCACGCUGGCCAUCAUUUUGGGUACAUUUGCUGCCUGCUGGAUGCCCUUCACUGUCUACUCUCUCAUUGCUGACUACACCUACCCUCCACUCUACACCUACGCCACGCUGGUGCCUGCCACCUACAACUCUGUCAUUAACCCGGUCAUCUACGCCUUCAGGAACCAGGAGAUCCAGAAGGCGCUGUGGCUGGUGUGCUGCGGCUGUGUGCCUGCAAGCGUGGCCCACCGUGCACGGACCCCUAGUGACGUCUGACCAAACAGACCCAGGUGGGAAGAGAGAGGCGCCCUGAGUCAGCUCUGCUCCUCACUGGAUGUGUCUGGUGUGAAAGAGAGCAGCAGCAGUGGGGGAGGUCGGGGGAAGUGGCAGAGGGCUGUGGCUUCAGAUCUGGCUGGAGAAGUUACUGGCAGAGGCAGUUUUCUUAGUUAUCCACAGCCCACCUGGAUGGAUGGCGUCUUUUUCUUUGUUACACUCACCAUAGUGCAAAGUGUCUCACUGUCUUCCCCAGUAAAGGCGGCCGCUGCAUCCCGCCCCCUCCCGUUCAACCCGCGCCACGCCCUUCCUCUGCUCUGCAGAGAGCGCUGAGAGCAUCACAUGUCACAGGCAGCAGCUGUAUAUACAAUGUGCAUAUAGUUAACAGCGCUGGAGCUUUGGUUGACACGUGCUUGUUUUUUUCUUCAAAUAGGGAGGGAUUAUUAGUUUGCGCGCGUGCGUAAAAGCGCACGCCGGAUUAACUAAGCAGUGUGUGCGGUGAGGAAGAGGAGAGGGGAGGGGAGGAGAGAGCGGCCGCGGCUGAAUACGCAGGCAUUUCCACAUAAAGCCCGUCUGGAGCAGCAUCCAGGCGCUCUGCUGCUGCACUCUGAACGUGCGUCGAAAGCUAAACAGCCGCGGAGAGCUAAAAAUAGACCCGGCGCUCUCUGAUCCGCGCCCUGCGUCCUCCACUGAAAGAAACCAAGCCGUUUCUUCUUCUCUUUCUCCUCAUCGCCUCUCCAAAUUUAUCAGUCUUUUUUUCUCUCUGGAUUGUGCGUGAAUGUGGUUUUAGUUCAUCUCGCGUCUGGGAGGCUCAAGACAAAGUCCCAGGAGACCCCACCAUUAACCCCUCCUCCAUUUUUUAAACCGAAUAUAAACCUAUCGGAUUAUGUAACCACUUUACAUCAAUCCUUUCUCACCUUUUGAAUGGAGAUUAAUUAUGACUUUUUGAAUGUCUGGAGAUUGUUAUAUCAUUUUAAAUAAUACUUUAAAUUGAGGAAAACCUCACAUAUUUGAACAACAUGAAUUAUAAGGUCAUUUAAAAAUAUAAAAUCCCAAAAUUAAUCCCCCAGGAUAUUAAAUUCACAUGCCUGUGAUCAGAUCAAAAGCCCAUCUAGCAAAAUGACAUGUGAUAUUUGUGCUUAAUCUGAAUGUAAUUCCAUUUAUUUGAUAUUUUUGGCUCCUAAAGAGUUUAACACCAACCACAUAUCUGAUCUGCAUGCUAGACUUUCAGUGUGAUUUGCAUGCAAAAAGCACAGGUGCCCUAUUUCCCCGAGUUCAGUGCGGUAGGUCACAUUAGCCACUGCAGGCCAUGUGUCAUGGUAUCCUGAUGUCAUCAUGACCCUAAUAAUUUUGUUUAUGUACACAGUGUACCUCAAAUGUAUCACAUUGAAUGAGCUACAAUCAUCACUCGAUGGUCACAAGAGUUGCACCCUUUUAGAAAAAUGUGAAGUUUUUAAAAUAUUUUUGCUGUAUAGUGUGGAUACGUUUGAAGUUUAGAGGCUCUGCUUUGAUUUAAGUGUGAUUCAAUGGAAGCCCAAAUCACAACACCUACCAGCUGCUCUGAGUUAGUUAACCAUUAUUUAUUGCUUAAAAUGAGUUUGCAAACCUGACGAACGUACACGCGAAUAUCUCAUUCCUUCAUAUCUUGUCAGCAAUAACUAGCCUAUGAAUGGUAGUUAUUAUUUUUUUUUAGAUGUGAAGCAAUACUCAGACAGCAAUAACAUCCACGUCCCACCAUGACUACUUCCUGCAGAGUGAAGUACCAUAAUAAUGGCCGCUCAGGUGGGGAUGUGUUGUAGUGAAUGGGCUCAUAAGUGACGCUUCAGUGAUACAUCUUUAAAUGAGGUGGUAUAGGAUAAUCACUCCUGGGCUGGAAAAAAAGUGCUCAUUUGUCACGGUGACACCACUGCCUCAUUCCUCCCAAAAAUCGGGCUUUGAUCAUUUGUCACACCAGGAUGAUUUUUCGUUGUUGUUGUUGCCUCUGCCUUUUGUGAGCAUAAGAACUGUCCUGGGUGUCGUAACCUCAAGUGUCAGUGUGUGAUCUGGGACCGUGUUUUUAGUGCAUACGGUAUGAGUUGCAUGGCCUCUGGGUGUGUGCAUGUGUGUGUCCUUGUGUGUGUGGGUGUGUGUGUGUGUGUGUUUGUGAGUUUGUGAUUCAGCAGCUCAGCAGACCAUAAUCUAUCUCCUUGUGUUGUGAGGGGGUAAAACGGGUCUGAGGAAUACUUGUUGACCCCCCCUGACCUUAGAGAAUAAUGCUGCCAGUCUUCCUGUCAAUUCUGAGAGAAGUGGCCUCGUUUCGUGUUUGUAGAGCUUUUUUCAAGAGAGAUUGAUAGGACUAGGACGUGGACGCUCCAGCACUUCAAGCCAAAGUGAAAGGGACUCUGAAUGAACUGGGAUCCUAGUCCUGCUGUGUGUUGUCUGUCUCCUCUGUAUCACUAAUAUUCCACUUUAAAUCACUCUAGUCUGGUUGAGGCAGGCGUCCGCUAAGUGACCUCUGAAUGAUUCUAUGAGCUAAAAAUGGUCACUUCCAAAUACAAAGAUAAUGCUGCUUCUUUCCUUCCUUGCUGCCCAACCCCCCUCCUCUCCUGACUGAUAGAGGCAUCUGAGGAGCUCCCAAUCUUCAUCUUCCUGGCAGAUCAGGAACAAAGCGAUUAAAAGAAAAAGAGAGGGGGGUUAAGUAAGGAAAGGACAGGAAUAGCAUUUCUGAGCAUUGGAACGUGACCUUGUGCACAGUGUCAGACUGAAUCCUGUUGUUAUUCCAUGAGCACCAACAGGUCAGGCUGGCACAUCACAAACCAUCACAAACUCUUAUUCCUUUACCUUUGGAGAAAAGUCUAUUUUGUUAUAUUCAUUGAAAAGUUCUAUUUUUUUCCACUUUAGUCUGGCCUGAAUUCUUUCAGAUUCUGAUGUUGUAUGAUAUAAACGGCGCUGUAAAGCCUUUUUUCUGAAUGUAGUAAUAAUCAAUUUGUUUAAUGAUAACCCCUCCUCUUGACUCAUUUGUUUUUGUAAAUACAGCAUGCUGAAGAGGAGGGACUUUAUACCACCGUGCAUGGUGCUACCAAAGCCAGUCAAACUACGGGAUGAGUUGGGUUGCACCAUUUUUUUGAAUGACAUUUCUCCACUUUAAAGUAGAUUUUUUUCUCUUAGGUUCCACUUUCUUGCUUCAAUAUGCACCAGUUUGUAAAGGCUGGUUAAAGGAUUGGCUACACGGAUGCAGGAUGUUCGAAAGAGAGAAAAAAAAAGAUGCUUUCUCUGAUUGGUGAAUGUUUUUUCUCUUGUGCAGCCGACAGUAUUGUUGAGAUUGAGCAGGUGUGAACAAGGGCUUUGUAUCCAAGAAUAGCAGAAGACUGUGAUGUUGGAUGCAAUACUUCUCUGUAUACACACACCUGUUAAUCUAUUGAAUUGUGUCACAGUGUAAUCGUACACAAAGUUGUGUACAAAGCAGCUCAACCUGGCUGCAGCCCUGUCUCCCAACAAUUACGCCUCCAUGCAACAAAAACUGCAUUCUCAGUUACCUUUCAAAGGGCACUACUUUCUCUUUUGAACAUUUGGUUAAUCAAUUAAUCGUUCCAGUAAUUUUUCCAUGCAAAAAUGGCAGAAAAUGCAGUUUCCAGCCUCUCAAACAUAGAAAUUUCCUGCUUUUUCUGUUUUCUAUUAUAAUAAAUAUAAUAUCUUGGGGUUUCUAAGUCACCCCAAAACUGAAUUUUAAUUUAAAUUCUGAAAAUUAGGAUAGACAUUUUUACUAUUUUCUGACAACAAUUAAUCGAGAAAAUAAUCAACAGAUGAAUCAACAAUGAAAACAAUCCUUAGUUACAACCCUAGUUAGAUUUAGGCAACAAAAAUACUUAUGUUAUGUUAAUAAAAGGGUUCAAAUUAAAUUUUAUUGUAAAUAAGUAUACAUUGACUUUUGGUUUCAUACAGGACGAUAUGUCUUUUGUGAUAUGUUGAGAACAAACUCAUUUUUAAUGCACAGGAAAGUAAUUUUUAGGAGACCAGGUAGAGCAACUGGGUUUUUUUGAGAAAAUGUGUAGCCAAUGACAGGCUGUUAGUUGAGCAAGAGGAGGUGUCUUUCUGACGCUUACUAAUCUAGAGCUAAAUAUCAAAACACUCAAGGGCCUGUGAAUGUGUGUGUGUGUUUUUUUGUUUG